AUGAUAACCAAAAUUGAGAACACCACACUUAAUGGUUUGACAAACUUAGGAACAUUAGAGUUGUACGAUAACAAGAUAACCGAAAUAGAAGACAGUGCAUUCAUUGAUUUGGCAAAUUUGGGACUUUUGUAUGUGUAUGAAAACAGCAUCUCCACAAUAGAGGAUAACGCGUUCAAUGAUUUGACAAAAUUAGAGAAACUAUAUCUGUACGAGAACAUGAUAUCCAAAAUUGGGAAUAACACACUCACUGGUUUGACGAACUUAACAGAACUGCUCAUGCGCAGCAACAACAUUACAACAAUAGAGGAUAACGCUUUUAAAGAUUUGACAAAAUUGAGGAAACUAGAUCUGGGUAAAAACGAUAUUACCACAAUAAGUGAUAUGACAUUUAGUGGUUUGACAAAUUUACAAGACUUGUAUCUAUACGACAACAGCAUUCAGACAAUAGAGGUCAAUGCUUUCAGGGAUUUGACAAAUUUGUGGAAUUUAUUAUUGUACCGAAACAACAUAACUGCAAUCAAAAACAACACAUUCAUUGGUUUGAUGAACUUAAAGAAGUUGUAUCUAGCCCGCAGCAGCAUAACCACAAUCGAGGCUGGCGCGUUCACUGAUCUGUCAAAAUUAGAGGAACUGGAUCUUUCCAGCAACACCAUAACCACAAUAGAGGAUAAAGCGUUCAAUGAUCUUACAAAAUUAAAGAAAUUGAUGGUUCUCAACAACAGCAUUACGACAAUAGAGGCUGGCGCAUUCAAUGAUUUGAAUAAAUUAGAGAUACUAUUUUUGGACAACAACAAAAUAACCAGUAUUAGGAAAGGCGCAUUUGUUGGUUUGACAAACGCUAAGGACUUGUAA